AUGACUGAGGGUGAAUUGGGUCCCCCAGGUCGUCCCGGACCAGCUGGGCCAGAAGGAGUGGGCAUUCAGGGAGAAAAGGGAAUUGAAGGACCAAGAGGUCCACCGGGAGGCAGAGGACUUCCAGGGGAAGGUUUACCUGGACCUAAGGGAGACCAAGGCUUACCAGGAGAGCAGGGUGCUCCAGGGGAACGAGGCAUUGGUGAAUCUGGUCCAAAAGGAGAACCUGGAGCAUCAGGACUUGGUGGUCUACCUGGUCUUCCAGGGGAAGAUGGAGCUCCAGGCCAAAAGGGGGAGCCUGGUUUACCGGGUUUAAGAGGUCCUGAUGGGCCACAAGGAAUUGGCAUUCAAGGAGAAAAGGGCGACCAGGGUAUGAGGGGCAUCCGUGGACUACAUGGGCCUCCUGGGAUCCCAGGACCUUCUGGACCAAAAGGUGAACGUGGAAUUCCAGGCCCACAGGGCAUCCUAGGGCAGCCAGGACGGUCCAUAUCAGGUCCAAAGGGUGAAGCAGGUCCUCCUGGUCCUCCAGGUCCUAUCGGAGAAACAGGCCUUGGACUACCAGGUCCAAAGGGUGACCGUGGUCAUCAGGGUUUACCAGGUCCUCUUGGUCCAAAAGGUGAAGGCAUCCAAGGCCCCGAGGGUCCUCCAGGCUUACCAGGGUUACCAGGUGAGCCUGGAUCAGAAGGAGUGGGCAUCCCUGGUCCAAAGGGAGACGUUGGCUUUAGAGGAUUACCAGGUUUGCCCGGUCCACCUGGUGAGGGCUUACAGGGGCCACCAGGUAAUAUUGGGAGACCAGGACCUCUUGGUCCAGCUGGGCCUGCAGGACAAGGUAUUCAAGGGCCAAAGGGAGAACCAGGCUCUCAAGGUAUGACUGGACCCAGAGGGCCUCAAGGAGAGGGAUUUCCUGGACCUAAGGGAGACCGUGGAUUACAGGGUGAAAGAGGAUUGAAAGGUACAAAAGGAGAUAUGGGAGAUUCUGGAGUUCCUGGAGAAAUGGGGAGAUCAGGGACAAAAGGAGAACCAGGCCUCACCAAAGAAGAUGUUAUCAAGUUGAUAAAAGAAAUAUGUGGAUGUGGCAUCAAGUGUAAAGAAAGACCCAUGGAGCUUGUCUUCGUGAUCGACAGUUCAGAAAGUGUCGGUCCGGAGAAUUUUGAGAUCGUCAAAGACUUUGUCACAAGAUUGGUGGACAGAACCACCGUUGGACGAAACGCUACCAGAAUCGGGUUGGUUCUCUACAGUCUCGACGUCCAGUUGGAGUUCAACUUGGCUCGUUAUAUGAGCAAGGAGGAUGUCAAACAAGCUAUCAGAAAAAUGCUUUACAUGGGUGAGGGCACUUACACGGGGACUGCCAUAAGAAAAGCGACUCAGGAGGCCUUUUUCAGUGCCCGGCCUGGAGUUAGAAAGGUAGCUAUUGUCAUCACUGAUGGUCAGGCAGACAAACGAGAACCUGUCAAGCUCGACAUGGCGGUGCGAGAGGCUCAUGCUGCGAACAUUGAGAUGUAUGCUCUGGGAAUCGUGAAUUCUUCUGAUCCUACACAGGCUGAGUUUCUGCAAGAACUCAACCUCAUUGCCUCUGACCCAGACAGUGAACACAUGUACCUCAUUGAUGACUUCAAUACGUUGCCAGCACUGGAGUCUAAACUUGUGAGCCAGUUCUGUGAAGAUGAAAACGGCGCUCUUAUUUACAACCACAUCCCAAAUGGAUCCUGGAACAGCAACAAUGGGCUUGUUUUAAGUAAAAUCAGUGGUAAUGGGCACAUUGGCUCUGACAUUAAUCAUUAUAAUUUUGGAAACAAUGGAUACGGGAGUAGUCAUCAAGAAGAGAUGGAAAAUCAGAGACGAACCAACAGCAGGAGCCGAGGGGACACGUUCACGCUGCCAAUCAAAGCUGAUCCUCUACCACCUCAGGUGGUGGAAGAUGAAGAUGGUGAAGAUCUAGACAUAAGAGCACAUGUACGGACCGGUAGCAGUGUGUCUGCAGCCAAUGAAUCAGCUUUAUCACCUGUAAAAAAAAGCUCUGUUUUCAGUGAGACGGUCUCAACAUCCUCAUCAGCUGCAUCAUCAUCGCCAUCAUCAUCAUUGCAAUCCACACCUAUAACUCUUUUGUCCACACUGGGCUCUGAUUCAUCUUCAGACUCUAAUCAGCUGCAGCCAUUUAUGAAUUUAGACUUGCCUAAAGAGGUCCGUCCUCCUAAUCCCAGCUGCGAUCUCACUAUAGACCAAGGGACCUGUCGAGACUACGUAAUCCGCUGGUACUACGACAAACAAGCCAACGCCUGCGCUCAGUUUUGGUUCGGAGGCUGUGGAGGAAAUGAAAACCGCUAUGAAACUGAAGAUGAAUGCAGGGAGGCUUGUGUUGUUGCCAGAACAGCUGGAUAA